UCGAGCGUGUCUUUCCGGCCAGUUUCGAGCUUCGCUCACCGGCAUCGUUUCUAUCACUUCAAGCUAGCUAUCUUACCUACAGGACAUCUCAAACAUGUUGAACUUUGAAAAGACCGGUCUGUAUCAUCGCGCUCCCGUUGGCUUCGGCCCUGCUGCCAGUCCGCGGCAAGGCCCAGACGGAAAACCCUUCAAUGGAUGGAAGGAGAACUCUGAGAUGCAUCUUACCGGCAUCGUCCUCAAUGUCGAAAGGGCGCAACUCCAAGCUCUCUUACCUGAAGGGUACGAUAUCGCCGAAGAUGUCCAACCUACUAUCCUCUUUGAAGUCAUGAACUUGCGUAAACUGCCUUGGCUAGCUGGACGAGGUUAUAACACUUGGGGAAUCUAUGCCAACGACGUGAUCUGCCGGCGUUCGCCCGAGCCUAUCCGAGCGUCCUAUAUGGUCGUCUUGUUCGAAUCUUUUACUGACCCGAUCAGUACCGGACGGGAAGAACUCGGGUUCUCGAAAGUUUGGGCAGAGCUGCCAGACCCUAAGGAAGAAGAUGGCAAGCUCGUCCAUACCGCGUCGUGGUUCGGUACGGAAUUCCUACGGAUGGAGAUCCCCAAGAUCGCUUCAAAGCCCGUUGAAGAAUCCCCUGCUUUCCGGGAACGUCCCUUCACCAUGCCUUCUGUACAGGGAACGCUUCACCACCGCUACAUCCCCGCGGUAGGCGAGCCUGGGAAACAUGACGCCUCUUACGCUACUUAUAUGCCAGGAGGUGGAUCUAAGAAACCGACCGUCCUGUCUUAUCGGACCACCGAGGCGUCCUUACAAGACAGCACCGUCAAGGUCACUCCCCACAAGUGGGAGGAUCUCCCGAGUCUCUAUCCUAUAGUCAACGGUCUUGCGUCUCUGCAACUAGGAGAAGUCCGAGAGGUGGCUCAGCAAGUCUUUCUCGGAGCUUCUGAUUGUAGCGGUAACAAGCGCGUCGAGUGGUAGUUUAUGUACAUCAGUGUCAAUCCUUCCUUCGAUGGGGGUGCAAGGAUGACCAAGGAUAUGAACGAUAUGCCCUGAG